UGGUUUGCUAUAUAUAAAGCUCUAAAUUGUCAUAAUUUCUUCAUAUGUGACACGCAGAACAAGAAAUGCGCGUUAGGCUACGUACUACGUACCGCCACCAAUAUCAUGUACUGCGCAUCCCCAGCACAGGAUAGACGACACGGUGGUGUUGAAAAUACAAAACAUCCAUAGUACAGACUACAAUUCGUCUAGUAAUCAUUGCCCUCCAAUCAUACACCGCUUCUUCCUCCUUUUCGCAUCCACACACCUUACCUCCAGAAUCAUCACUCAUCCAUAUCGGCUACAUACCCCACUGACAUCAUCAACUUACACCACCACUAGUGUACUUUUUAUAGCCGUCCUCCCCAUCUGCGGUCCCUAAUCAUUAUAUCUCGUCAACCUUUCCAGACAAAAUGCCUUCCGACGACAUUAUCCUCUUCCACUACGAAUUCUCCCCCUACGCCACCCGUGUACGGUGGUACCUCGCUCUGCGCGGCAUCCCUUACACACAAUGCGUUCGUCACUCCUCAUCUUUUCAUCGUCUGUCUACCCGUUGCUAACAAUGCCUUCUAGCUUGUAUCAAAUCAGAUGCCACGACCAGAGCUUGAGGAUCUCGGCAUCGCACACCGACGCAUCCCCAUCCUCUCCAUCGGCCGCGAUGUCUACGUCGACACUCGCCUCAUCUUCGCCAAGCUAGACGAGCUCAAGAACUACCCUGCCAUCACCCCUACUACUCCAGAGCAUGCCCUCAUCAUGGAUCUCUUGUCCGAGUACAUCACCGAUGCGGGCGUCUUCACCAAGAUUGCCGACAUUCUGCUUGCGUCUGAUGCGCCGAUCGCGCAGGAUCCCGCGUUUAUCAAGGACCGCGAAGACCUGCUUGGCCAUAAAAUCGCCAAGGAGGACCAUGCACAGAUGACAUCAUCCGGGUUGAUUCGUCUGCAGGAAUUCUUUGGGCGAUUGGAGAAUACCAUCUUGUCAGACGGCCGCAUUUGGCUGUUCAACACGCCGAGUCCAACGCGAGGCGACAUUGAGGGCAUCUGGCCCGCACUCUUCCUCGCUGGCAUGGACGGCGUGUUGCCAGAGGACAAGUUCUCCCCCAAGAUCUUCCCCAAAGUCUACGCGUGGAUCCAGCGCUUCAAGUCCAUGGUUGACGCUGCGACAGCCCAGGCUCCAGAAAUCAAGUCUCUAAAUGGCGCUGGGGCGCUGGCGAGUGUCACAGGAACCGAUUAUCACGAUGAGCUUGGAAGCGUGGACCCUACAGACUUUGAUGUGGCGGCGUUUGGCAUCAAAGCAGGCGAUACCGUAAGCUUUGGGCCUCUAGACUAUGGAUGUACCCAGCGGGACAAAGGUAAGCUCCUGAGUCUCAAUGCUCAGGAGGUGGUCCUUGACGUGGCUACGAAGAAUGGCUCGUCGAUUCGUCUUCACGCGCCUCGUCACGGGUUCCAGCUCCGUAAGGAAUAAAGAGGACGGCAAGAGGACGGGA